AUGAGGACACCAGUCGAAUCUCCGAUAACUUUGAUUGGGCCAUUGGAAACCUGCGGAAUAGAAGAAGCCGUACGAUAUUUCAACAAUGGCUUGUACAUCGACUAUGAGAAAACCACGUUGAGCGUUCCAAUUUACACGCAUACACCGUUGAGGCUCGAGCAGCCUGAAGAAGUACGCUUGUUGAGACUGCAUCCUGCGGAGAACAUAGCCGACCAUGUUCGUUGCAACUUGGAGACUCAUUCCUUAGAGGACCCACCUUCUUUCAUUGCCAUCCAAAAUGCGAGAGGAUAUCGCGAAUAUCUAGAAUUAAUCGAAAUCGAUGGCAGCGCACUGCCUGUUUCGCUCGCACUAGAACGCUUCUUGCGCUAUCUUCGAACCAAGAUCGACAAGCCGACUUUGGUGUGGGUCCGCUAUAUAUGUGUGCUAGAAUUCGAUGCGAAAGAGCAAAAAACCUACUGGACGCGAGAGUUCAGCGACAAGAUGUAUGCCAUGGCUUCAGAGGACAUUGAUAUGCACGCAGUAAACAAUCGUCUGGUCGAGAACGGGUACUUUGAGAAAGCCGGACAUGGUGCCUGGACCAAGGAAUGGUACCAAAGCUCCAAUGAGAUGGUUUUGCCACGGGUCUGUCCAAUACGCCUUGGCACAAAAGCAGAUAUUGAGGCUCCUACGAUGAAUUAUCGGUACAUGCCCCUCGACAUGUUCGCAGACGAGAUUCGUAUCAUAUGCAUCAUGCCUGCCACCCAUGUAGCUGCACCAAUCGUCAUGCACGUGGCUCACUGCCCCAUCAAGUGCAACGUCACUUUCAUAGCCUUGUCAUAUCGAUGGGGAACAGACGCGACACCGGAAGAAGUUGUCUUGAACGGACAACGCAAGAACAUUCGGCAAAACCUCGCAGAAGCUAUUCGUACCAUUCGAACAGCUGAUAAGAUCGUGCCAUUGUGGAUCGAUGCCAUAUCUAUCAACCAAGACGACCUAGCUGAGCGCGGUAGGCAAGUUCGUCGGAUGGGCCAAAUUUAUGACAACGCAUACGCUGUCUACUCCUAUGUCGGGCCAUCUGAAGAUGAUACUGAGGACGUUGUUAAAUUCAUGGACGAGUUAAGCAAACAUCCAAUGGUGCGCUUCGAUGACCAAGGAGAGUUCAUACUUGGUGAUUGGGAAGCCACAGACGAAAACAACAACACGAUCCAACCGAAGCGCUUAGCGACGCUAUGUGUAGCCUUGUGCAAGUUUUUGACGAGACAAUACUUCAGGAGAUCGUGGAUUUUGCAGGAAGUGGCUUGGGCGACAAGUCCUGCGAUUUUGGCAGCCCGCAAGUUGGGUGUUACAUGGGACAUCCUGGACAAAGCAGCCUACAACCUGCAUGACAUGCUGACACGCGAUCCAUCCCUGGCUGCCCACAUGCUGACCGCAGACCCGUCUCUUGAGCACAUCAAAAUGGACAUGCUGGUAUACCCACGUAAAUUAUUUUACUUCCGAUACCUAGUGAGUAGAGGCCAUGGAGGAGGGGGAAUUCUUGGGUUCCCAGUCUUCAAGAUCAAGAAUACCUCUCCUGGGUUUUUGGAAGCGCUAGUACUAGCAAGAGACUUCGAGUGCACUGAUCCCAGAGACCGCAUCUUCGCUUUGUGGAAUCUCGCGCAAGACAAAGAAGGUCUGGACUAUGCACCCGGGUACACCGAGUCAUACGAAGAGGUAUACACGGGAUUCGCAAAAGCUUGGAUCUUGCAGCAUGGGGCACUAGACAUACUUGGUGCAGUAGAAGCGACGCAGCAAUCCUGCGACUUCUAUACCGUCGCACCGUCUUGGUGUCCGAAUUGGAAUAUCCCAGCUACAGCAAGCUGCCUCGUCCGGAAAGAUUACCUUCCAGACCGCCCCAUGUCCGCCAUGCACGACUUGAGCGGCAAACUUUACUCAGCAGACGGCGGCAUGACUCAAGACCUUUUCGACGCCCCUCUCGUCACUUUCGAAGGCAAAGAACUGCACGUCACCGGUCUCAUCAUCGACCAGAUAUCGCACAUCUUCGAAGAUGCUCCCAACAUUCCCGCCGGUACCGUGCCCAAAUCACGCUGGCAAGCAUAUUACUGGGGAGACGCAAUAAGAACGCACUACCAGACUCACGGACUAGCUACAUACGACGAUGGAGGCAGAGCGAUUUGGGGUAUGUUCCACGGCGACGGCAUCGCCGCAUGGCCACCAGUAAAGGAGAGUGGAUAUGCUCCGGGAAUCUGCAGAUCCAACGAGCAUUACGCGUGUCUACCACAACUAUCCCACCAUGUCACUAGAUAUGCCGAUUCAUGGAGUCGUACAGAAGCUUGGACUAUUGUCGAUGUAGUACUUCGUGGACGCAGACCCUUCGUCACGGAGAACGGGUACAUGGGUCUAGCACCAGCUUAUCUCGCAGAAGAGAGUGCUUCGUGGUCUAUUGCUGUUGUGGCAGGGUGUUCUGUGCCGUUAAUGCUAAGAGAAAGGGAAGAUGGAACACAUCAACUUGUUGGGACGUGUUUUGUACAGGGGUGGAUGGACGGGGAGUGGCUGGGUACGAUAAUGGGGGCGGAGAGCGCGAUGGAGUUUUGGCGGGCGAUUGGGGAUGGGGCGAAGAUUGUUAUUUCGUGA